GCUGUGGCGGCCGUAGGGCGCCGCGUCUUGGGAGUGGCUCGCCCCUCCCGCUCCCCCCCGCCCCGUUCGGUGGCAGCGGCUCCUCCCACUGGGGGGGUGGCGGGACGGUGGUGGCACCUACGGCUAUGGCGGCAACCACUGCUAAUCCCGAAAUAACAUCAGAUGUACCAUCAUUGGGUCCAGCCAUUGCCUCUGGAAACCCUGGGCAUGGGAUUCAAGGUGGAGGAGCCAUUGUCCAGAGGCCUGUUAAGCGGCGACCAGGGUUGGAUUUUGAUGAUGAUGGAGAAGGGAACAGUAAAUUUUUGAGGUGUGACGACGAUCAGAUGUCUAAUGAUAAGGAACGGUUUGCCAGGUCGGAUGAUGAGCAGAGCUCUGCGGAUAAAGAGAGACUCGCCAGGGAAAAUCAUAGUGAAAUUGAACGACGGCGACGGAACAAGAUGACAGCCUACAUCACAGAACUGUCAGACAUGGUACCCACCUGUAGUGCCCUGGCUCGAAAACCAGACAAGCUAACCAUCUUACGCAUGGCAGUUUCUCACAUGAAGUCCUUGCGAGGAACUGGCAACACAUCCACCGAUGGCACCUACAAGCCAUCUUUCCUCACUGAUCAGGAAUUGAAACAUUUGAUCUUGGAGGCAGCAGAUGGCUUUCUGUUUAUUGUGUCAUGUGAGACAGGCCGGGUGGUAUAUGUCUCUGACUCAGUGACCCCUGUUUUGAACCAGCCACAGUCUGAAUGGUUUGGUAGCACACUCUAUGAUCAGGUACACCCCGAUGAUGUGGAUAAACUUCGUGAGCAGCUUUCCACUUCGGAAAACUCCCUGACAGGGCGUAUCCUUGAUCUGAAGACUGGAACAGUGAAAAAGGAAGGUCAGCAGUCUUCCAUGAGGAUGUGUAUGGGCUCAAGGAGAUCAUUUAUUUGCCGUAUGAGGUGUGGCAAUAGCUCUGUGGACCCAGUUUCCAUGAAUAGACUGAGCUUUGUGAGGAACAGAUGCAGGAAUGGACUUGGCUCUGUGAAGGAUGGGGAACCUCACUUCGUGGUGGUCCACUGCACAGGCUACAUCAAGGCCUGGCCCCCAGCAGGUGUCUCCCUCCCAGAUGAUGACCCAGAGGCUGGCCAGGGAAGCAAGUUUUGCCUAGUGGCCAUUGGCAGACUGCAGGUAACUAGUUCUCCCAACUGUACAGAUAUGAGUAAUGUUUGUCAGCCAACGGAAUUUAUCUCUCGACACAACAUUGAGGGAAUUUUCACCUUUGUGGAUCACCGCUGUUUGGCUACUGUUGGCUACCAACCACAGGAACUCUUAGGAAAGAAUAUUGUAGAAUUCUGUCAUCCUGAAGACCAGCAGCUUCUAAGAGACAGCUUCCAACAGGUGGUGAAAUUAAAAGGCCAGGUGUUGUCUGUCAUGUUCCGGUUCCGGUCUAAGAACCGGGAAUGGCUCUGGAUGAGAACCAGCUCCUUUACUUUCCAGAACCCUUACUCAGAUGAAAUUGAGUACAUCAUCUGUACCAACACCAAUGUGAAGAACUCCAGCCAGGAACCACGGCCUACACUGUCCAACACAGUCCAGAGGCCACAACUGGGUCCCACAGCUAAUUUACCCCUGGAGAUGGGCUCAGGGCAGCUGGCACCCAGGCAGCAGCAACAGCAAACAGAAUUGGACGUGGUACCGGGAAGAGAUGGACUGGCCAGCUACAAUCAUUCCCAGGUUUCUGUUCAGCCUGUGACAACCACAGGUCCAGAACACAGCAAGCCCCUUGAGAAGUCAGAUGGUCUGUUUGCCCAGGAUAGAGAUCCAAGAUUUUCAGAAAUCUACUCCAACAUCAGUACAGAUCAGAGUAAAGGCAUCUCUUCCAGCACUGUCCCUGCCACCCAACAGCUAUUCUCCCAGGGCAACACAUUCCCUCCUACCCCCCGGCCGGCAGAGAAUUUCAGAAAUAGUGGUCUGGCCCCUCCUGUAACCAUCGUCCAGCCAUCAGCUUCUGCAGGGCAGAUGUUGGCCCAGAUUUCCCGCCACUCCAACCCCACCCAGGGGGCAGCCCCAACUUGGACCCCCAGUACCCGUCCAGGCUUCUCUGCCCAGCAGGUGGCGACCCAGGCUACAGCCAAGACUCGUUCUUCACAAUUUGGUGUGGGCAGCUUUCAGACUCCCUCCUCCUUUAGCCCCAUGUCCCUCCCUGGUGCUUCCACUGCAUCGCCUGGUGCUGCUGCUUACCCUACUCUCACCAGUCGUGGAUCCAACUUUGCUCCUGAGACUGGACAGACUGCAGGACAAUUCCAGACACGGACAGCAGAGGGUGUGGGAGUCUGGCCACAGUGGCAGGGCCAGCAGCCUCAUCAUCGUUCAAGUUCUAAUGAGCAACAUGUUCAACAGCCAUCAGCACAGCAGCCUGGCCAGCCUGAAGUCUUCCAGGAGAUGCUCUCCAUGCUGGGAGACCAGAGCAACAGCUACAACAAUGAAGAAUUUCCUGAUCUCACUAUGUUUCCCUCCUUUUCAGAAUAGAACUGUUGGGGUGAGGAUAAAGGGGUGGGGGAGAAGAAUUACCAUUUGUUUUUAAAAAACAAAUCUUUUUGUAAACAGAAUAAAAGUUCCUCUCCCCUCCCUUCCCUCACCCCUAAUGUGUACCCCCUUUCACUUCUGGCCUUUCCCUUGCCCGCCUGCCUCUCCGACAUAAUUUAUAGAUGAGAUGGAGUGAAUCCUCAAGGCUUUGGGGACCCUUUGAAAAAUUGAGGCUGGGUGAGGUUAAAAAUGCCUUUCCUUAUGUCUCCUGACCAGAAAUUUGUACGGAGGUGGUUUAUGCUAGGGUCAAGGGGCAGAUUAGAGAACCUGACGUCCACUAUUUGCCUUGUACUAUGGCUUGUUUUUGGAAAGAAAUUCUGAAUAAGGUGGGGGAGAGGAGAAAUGUCCUCAUAUUGGAGGACCAUGAAACAUGGUAGGUAUAUAUGGGGCUUUAGGAAGUGAGAAUGUGUUUGCUGCUGCCUGCGAGCAGUUCCUCUGGAAAGAAAUGUGAGUGAGGUGAGGAAGUAAGAGAGAAGAGUGUGUGUGAGUGUGUGUGUGUGUCUACAUACGUGUACGUGAGUUUCUGUGUUUGUUUCUCCCUAUUAGGGAGUUAUGCAAAAUUUGUCCCAGAUUUUAUCUUUGUCUUUCUCUGUGUUUUUCAAAGAGUCCUAAGGAGUUAAAUCUUCCAGGUAUUUUCCACUUAGUAUUGCAGCCAAAGAGUAUUUAAAUAAAUGUCUUUGCUAUACUUACAUCUGUGCCCAGCCAAUAUGCAAGUGUAAGCAAAUAUAAAAAAUUAUCUGUUGAUAUGGUUGGUCUCUCAUCAGACAUAUUUAGUGAUAAAGCUGGGUCAUUCCUGCUUUUGGUGCUCUCACCUUAUAUGGAAGAUCUGCAAACGUUACAGGAAUCGGCUGGCAGGAUAAACACUUUCAGAAACCCCAUACUUGGCCAUAAGGAUAAUGCUGCAUUUUUCUGUCAGAAUUACAUAUGUGUGUUCUAUGGAGGUUAUUUCUGCAUGGAAACUCAACUUCUUGGAUUAGCAGUCCCAGUGAAAACCCUCACUGGUGGAGUUUAAACCAAAUACCAAGUCUUCUUGCAAAGUAGCCUCUUUCAUACUAUUCUCAAAAGUAUCCAGUCUGCCAAGAAACUGAGAUUUAGGUCUUUUCUGGGCCUAUAGCUCUUUCCUCUUUGCUCCCUCUCCAAUCUUGAGAUUAGAUUUUGCUUUGUAGUACAAAUGUAAUAAAUCCAUGUGAUAGAUGGGGCCUGGACUCCCAUCCUGACAGGGUCACUUAGUAAUUAACUAUAGCCAUAUAAAUAUGGAUACAGGUUACACUAUCACUCUCUACCUUCCUCAGGUAACAGUUAUGUGUAUCAGCCGUUGUUUUUUGUUUUUGUUUUUGUUUUUUUAAAUUGGCUCAGGCCAGUAUUGUAAGUGCAAGACUGAAUUAAUAAGAAGACAUUUUAAAUGUAGCCAUAGGGGACUGAGGAGCACAGGUGGCCUUGUAGAGGCUGAGAGAAUGUCAUUAUGGGGUUUCCUUCCUUUUGUCUCCAGUCUGGUGCCAGAUAGUGAAGUGGAAAAGGAGACAGUUUAUUUUUUUAUUCUAUGUGCACAUAUACAGUAUACAUAUAUAUUUAUAUCACAAUUUAAGAAACCAAAAAGUUGAGUUUCCAAUGAAAUCCUUGUUUUUUAAUAAUCGCCUGUUUUUAAAUGUGAUCAGGACUAUAAUAUUGUAUAGUUAUUAUAGGGCUUUGGGGGAGGGGAGGGAGAAGAAGCUCUGGGGGUUUUGUUUCUGCUUUUCCUUCAGGGUUUUAUUUUUGAUUGUUUUGGGUUUUUUUCUUGUUGGCCAUUUCUGUAUUGCUGGCAUCUGUGCUGAGCCUUACAGUGGCAAAAAUAAUGACAUGUAGCAAGUAUUUUAAAACAAAAUAUUUUUCCUUUUGUAAA